GGCAAUUUGUGAUUUUACUUUUCAUGGAUUGUUUUUAUGCAGCGAGUUUGGUGUAAUUUACGAAGUCAUUUGGUAAGAAUGGCUAAUCUUCCGCCGAGAAAAGUGUCCUCUUCUAGUAAAGCAAAACAAGAUGCUUCUCCUCUUCAAAUACUCUUACAAAUGGGAUUUCCCAGACACCGGGCACUGAAGGCAUUAUCAGCCACUGGCAAUCGUAGUGUCCAAUUGGCAUCUGAUUGGCUUCUGACUCACGUAAAUGAUGCCCAUAUUGAUGCUGAUGAGCCAAGAGAGUACAUAUUUUACGCUAGCCCCACAGGGCCCUUGCUUAGCCAGCUGCUGGAGUUCUGGGACAAAUCUAAAGAAAUCUCUGGUUGGAAUGGAGCACACAACUUUCCUCCACAUAUUACUCUGGUUUCAUUUUUUAAGGCUCCAGACGAGACUUCACUGCAGCUGGGUAAGGCAGUGAAGCAUGUAGUCGAGAAUGUCGGGGAUCCUCCUAACUGCCCUUUGAAGCUGGAGCCUUAUGUAUCACACAACUUCAUGGGCUUGUUUGUCUCUGAGGAACAUGCCGACUACUUGAAAAGAAUUGCAGUGCAGUAUGUUAAACAGGUGUCCUCUGUAUUGGGUGUCAUGGUGGAUACGUAUGAACAUCUGGACACAUUGGGAACUUGUUUCCCAUGGUGUACCAUGCCUCAAGAGAAGCCUAUCAAAUCGAUAAACUUGGAGGCUCACGUGAAGUCGCUUCACAUAACUUUGGCAUACCACUUCGAUGUCGCCGCCUUUGAUGAGCUGAAGAACUUGGUGGAUAAUAUGCAACCUGUGGACCAUUCCAGCUGGGAACUGAGGCUUUACUCCAGAGACCCGCGAUUUGCUAAUCAUCAGGUGUACAAAGUGACUCAAGGUUACGCGCCGAACGCGAGCGAUGAGCUUGAACUGGUGCUCGGCGACUAUAUUUAUAUCGAGGAGAAAGAAUUCGCCAACUCGCCCGACGGAUGGGUGCACGGCACUUCCUGGCUCACAGGAGUCAGUGGUUAUUUGCCGGCCGUGUUUACUCGACGCACUGCAGAGUCCGACGCCUGGACGCUACACCGAGCCAUCUCACUUGGAAACAACAAUAGUUCGGAUUGUAAGUCGGAAUCGGAUUCUAAUACUGACGGAGAGAUGACUACUAACUAUCCUCAUGAGGACGCCACUCAGCUUGGACAUGAGAAGUCUGAGGAAACUUACCAGGAGUGGAACAAGUACUGGACUGCUGUGCAGUUGGAUAAGAGCGAUGGAAUACUGAAUGUGACGCAAGGUAUCCCAAUUGAAUGGAAGUCCAAUGGAAAUAAAGUAGAGGGUGAGGCAGAUGGCAAAUCGUUGAACGAGAAGCAUCGCCGCUGGAUAUUCGCCAUGCGCCACGGAGAGAGAGUAGACUUGACUUACGGACAGUGGGUGCAGCACUGCUUCGACGAAAACGGCACGUAUGUGAGGAAAGACUUGAAUCUGCCGCUCAAGUUGGGUGAAAGGACCGGUGGCAGGGACUCGUACGUGAAAGAUACGCCGCUAACGCGGGUUGGUCGCUUCCAAGCGCAGCUGGUGGGCGAAGGGCUGCGAUUGGCUGGCGUGAACGUGGCGCACGUGUACGCGUCAGCGGCGCUGCGGUGCGUUGAGACCGCGCAUGCCUUCUUAGAAGGGUUACAAGCAGGUCCGUCGGUGAAGAUCCGAGUGGAUCCGGGGCUGUUCGAGUACAAGAUGUGGCACAUGGCUAAGGGCAUGGCGCCUUUCAUGACGCCCGAGGAACUGCAUAAAGCUGGAUUGAACGUUGACUUGCAGUACAAGCCGUACGUUGAAGUUGACAUCAAUACGACUGAAACGUUGGAAGAGUAUUACAAGCGAGGAGAGAAGGUUGUACAAUCCGCUGUCAGGGAUACCGAAAAAGAUGGUGGCAACAUAAUAUUCGUGGGACACGCAGCGACACUGGACAUGACAGCCAUCGCUCUCAAACGCCUCUACGAGAACAAGACGGAAUACCCUCCGUACCAGAUACACGGCAACCUGCUGCGAGUGCCAUACUGUGCCCUCGGGGCCAUGAGGGACAACCCCUUCCAAGUUGUCUGUCCCCCCUGCCCUCCUUCAAUCAACUCCAGCUCAGGACGCUUCGACUGGAGAAUGCUCCAAGACCUAUGAAGCAACCCUCAAUAGUACGAAUAAAUAUUUCUUGUGA